AUGAAGGCUACUCUUCUCACAUUUACUCUUUGCACGGUGGCUCUUGCCGCACCGGUUGCACAAGAGGCCAAGCGUGACAAGCUUCAGAACCUGUUUUACGUUCCUGCCGGCGCUGAGGGCGAGUCACCGGAGAAGCGUGACAAGCUCCAGAAUCUCUUCUACGUCCCAGCUGGUGCUGAAGGCGAGACACCAGAAAAGCGUGACAAGCUUCAGAACUUGUUUUACGUUCCUGCUGGUGCCGAGGGAGAGACGCCAGAGAAGCGUGACAAAUUGCAAAACCUAUUUUACGUCCCUGCCGGCGCCGAGGGGGAGUCGCCAGAAAAGCGUGACAAGCUCCAGAAUCUCUUCUACGUCCCAGCUGGUGCUGAGGGCGAGACACCCGAGAAGCGUGAUAAGCUCCAAAACUUGUUCUACGUUCCCGCCGGCGCUGAGGGAGAGACACCCGAGAAGCGUGACAAGCUCCAGAACUUAUUUUAUGUUCCUGCCGGUGCUGAGGGAGAAUCACCCGAGAAGCGUGAUAAGCUCCAGAACUUGUUCUACGUUCCCGCCGGUGCUGAAGGCGAGACUCCAGAGCAAAAGUAA